AUGAACGGCAACUCCAACGGCUCGUUCAUGAACAUCCAGAACGCCUCGCCGUCGGUGGGCCAGCUCCACAACCAGUACUCCUCGCCCAUGAUGCCGCCACAACAACAUCCGCUGAACCGCAACAUGCCCCAGCAGCUGCCCAACUACGGCGUGCUGUAUCCACAGCAACAGCGUCUGAUGAGCGUUUCAGCCAACGGCAACGGAAGCUCUCAGAUGAUGAUGAACCAGCAUAUGAACCCAGGCGUCUCCAUGGCGUCGGGUCCCCUGCCGCUGCCGCACAUGGCACGCCAGAUGUCGCCGAACCAGGCCCAACAACAGUACAUGCAAGGAAACGGUCUGUCGCAGAACCAGCAGCCCAAGUUUGGCGGCUACAGCCCGCAGCCCGAGGCACAGCUCGAAGGAGGACCGCACAUGAUGCUGCAAGGCCCUCCGAUGGUCAACCAGUACAAGAUGGGCCCGGGCAUGAUGCAGCCAGGACAGCUGCUGCAACCGAUACUGGCUCAAGCACAACAGGCACAAGCACAGGCACAUUUCCAGCGUCAGAAUUUCCAGAACGCCGUAAGAGGCCCCCAGGGUCCACAAGGCCCACAGAGUCAAGGCGACGGUAGCGUGCUGCAGAACCUGCAAGCUCAGAACCGUCCCCAUCCACAAUCACAGCAACUGCAACAGUCCACAGCACAAGCACAGCCUCCUGGACUGGCAAACGGUCUGCAAGGCCCCGGACUGGCAAAGCAAGCCCAUUCGGGACCUCACUCAGCUCAGCAUACGCCCGUUCAGGGCUAUUCCGGCAACCCAGCGCUGGCACAGGGUCUGGCCGGAGCACCGAGCCAGGGUGCACAAAACCAACAAAAUCAAGGAAGAUCCGCCCAGGGUCUACCGGCUGGACAAGCCAUGCAGAAGAUGACAGCUACUCAGGCUGCGCAAAAUGAGGUGCACGCUAAGAUCUUCCGUCGUAACUUGGGCAAUGCCGCCGUGGUGCGUUUAAUUGACUUGAUUGAACUCGUGCUGAACGAACCGAUGGAGAGCUUGCGAACAAUUGAGUUUUGGACAAGACUUGUCCUGGCAUAUUUUGUGUCGAAUGGUACCAUUCGGUUUAGUACGAACACGCCGGCGCGUAAACAAGGUAAUGACGGCGUCUCAUUUGAGUCCAAUUCAGGAGGCCCAAGAACAUUUGAGCUUGACGUGACAAGCGCCCCUCGCUUCUUUCUUUCAAACGUUGCAUCGCAAGCGUUGGCAUCGCUUCAGCUUUUCCUUUCGGGCACAAAAUUCCAAGUCAUGAACAACGGCCUGAUUUUCAUUGGCUCCAAGGUCACCGUGAAUUACAAUUAUCUGGACGGCUCUCUAGGCACCGCCAGCGGAUUCUGCCGCGUGCUUUUGAAUAGAGAGUUUAAGAUCGACUGGGUCGACUGUCGGAUGCUCGACUACCGCAGCUCCAUUGGCACAGCUUCGUUGGAGCACCUCUGGCAAAAUUUCAGCAACAAUAAUAAUACUUCAAAAAUGGGCAUGAAGGAUAUCAUCAGCAGCAAUUGCGGUCUACAUGACCGGGCCAUGAGGACGCUACAGACGGGCGACAUGAUGUCGAUCCUCAGCCCGCUCAUGGCGUAUCUGUCGAGCAACAACAUUGCCUCCCCGCUCAAGGCCCUCGAAGAAUUUACCUCGAAUCAAGCCGGUCUACUGAGAAUGGGCUCUGUGGCGGGCGGCACCAACGGCUCUGUUUCCAGUCCGUCUCCACGCACGGUGACGCAAGAGGACCCGAAGCAGAUGCUCAAGAAAAGACGCUUCCUGUCCUCCUUGCAGACAUCUGUUGAUCUUCAACUCUUUAUGGAAUCUGACAAAAAUGCCGUCAAAGAGGCUCUACGACGGCCACUUUCUGAAGUAAUCCGACCUACUUCCUUGAAAAACGUCAUUGGUCAAAAACAUCUCCUCAACAGCUCCAAUGGAGCCAUCACCAACUUCAUCACCUUGGGGUAUCUACCAUCGAUGAUCCUCUAUGGUCCACCUGGAGUGGGCAAAACAACGCUAGCUAAGCUUUUAGCGGAAGAAACGAACUAUGUAUUUGUGGAGUUUUCAGCAACAGACGCCACGGUAAGCGAACUCAGAGAUCUCCUGCAAGCCUUGGCUAAAGAGAACUUGAUGCGUCAGAGACUAGGCCAGGACAGGUUGAGAGUUGCGGUUUUUAUUGACGAAAUUCACCGUUUUACUGUUGUGCAACAGGACUUCUUGCUUCCCUUUGUGGAAAGUGGCGCUUUCGUGUUUUUGGCUGCUACCACUGUGAGUCCUAGUAAGCGUAUCAGAAGAGCCAUUUUGUCGAGGUGCCAGCUCUUUGAACUUCGAAAUUUGACCGAUGAGGAAUUGAGGUUUGUGGUGGAGAAGGCAAUUGUUUUUGAAAAUAUCCGCCGGCGGGUACUUUUCAACUUGCAACCCAUUACGUUUGAGAACGGUGCCAGUGAGGUGAUUGCAAAGUAUGCUCACGGCGACGGCCGAACGGCUAUAAAUUUUGUGGAGCUUCUCGGAUCCAGCCAUCGGUCGACGGAAAACUCGUUUUUGUCGAAGAGUCAGGUGGAGGAAUCUGCUCGAAACUCCACCAAAGUCCGUUUAGGACUCCAUAAUGGGCUGAGCAUUCGGCUCAUCCAGCAGCUCUACAAUUUUAUGAACCAGAGGGAUCCUGGUGUGGCGGAAAAUACAGAAAAACGGCCCCAGCUUGUGCAAUAUCACGAAAAACUGGACGAAUUCUUGGUCACCAUAAACGUCAAGGCAGCCAGGGCUAUGGCGUCUGAUUUGGAAAGCUGUCUCAACGAAGACCCCACUGAUGCAUUUACAGAUGAUGAAAGCGACCAAAAGGGACCCAUUUACCUGGACGACGAGGAGGAGCCGUACCUCACCAACAGAGUAUCACGAACAAAGUACUUUGUCAGAGCAGCAGCACACACAAUGUUACAGCUCGUUUCAAAGGGAGAACUGUUGCAUGUCAUCACAAAGUACCUCCUUUUGUACGCUUGCACGUAUAUUAGCGUUCAGUCGCUGCUUCUACCGCAGAUCAUGGCUGUUCACAAGGCGCUCCAGAAAGCUACCAUUGAUGUGCCUGUUGCCUUGACCAACUGCAUCGAGCGAUUGACUAUAGCUCCAAAACAAGAUGGAGAGCUUCUUUCAGACACACUCUCGGAUUUAAAGGACUUUUUUGGCAAGGUGGCUCGGGGUGGCAUUAAACUUACUGAGCCCACUUUCAAGGUGGUAGAGGACGAUGCGAUGGUUGAAGAGUUGCUAAAAGAGCCGGCUGUGGAGAAAACGGACGUUUCAGAAAAUGCAGCAGAAAUAGUGUACGACUUUGAAGAGGCCUUUUACACCCUAGGCAACGAGGGAAGCACUCUUCUUGAGACAUCCUCACCAUAA